CGGAAAAUGGUGGAAUAGUGAUUGCUGAAGAGAGUUUCCGUUUCUCUCCAGCGUUUUUCGCUGACUUGUGCAUAAAAUGAGUGGAGAGAAUGACCAAGACCUCUUUGGAACAGAUCUCCUGUCAGAAGCCUUGGGGCAGAGUGGUCUUAAUCUAGAUGAUUUGCUUGGAAAUCCACCGGGUAGUUUUCUGCCCCAGAGCCUGUUUGAUUUUGGGGAUGUCAGACCAGACGAUUUCGAUUUCCUCGAUAAUUUCAAUUUAAACGGAGAUUUUAUUCCAGAGGCGCCUUACCCGACAUUAACAAGUUCAAAUAACAGCAGGGUAACUUCCAAUAAUGUAAAUACCCAAAGAAAUGUUCAAGUUUCUCAAGUCCAACAAACUUUCUUGGGACCACAGCCAACUUUUCCAAACGUGGCUUCAAGUGGAACAGUUUUUCCAACUCCUCGACAACUUCCGCCCAGAUGUCAAACUCCGCAGUCUGUUUCUAAACCUUCCAUUAACUCAAAUGUUCCAAGGUUGCAGAGUUCGACAUCUCCGAUUUUACUAGAUUUGUUAAACAGUGGAAGCAAUAACUCUGUGAGCAGUAACUCUGUGAGCAAUAUUUCCGACGCUGCGAAGAAGGAACUCACCAAGAAAGAUGUUUCACGACUGUGGUCAAACCAUGAUGUUAGUUUGAAUCAUGUGGGAGAGGACAAUGAUACUGUUAGUGACGAAAAUGAAGAUGAAGAGGAUGAAGAAGAAGAACUAGGACAAACAGAUACUUAUGCGGAAUAUGUUCCUAGUAAAUUGCGCCUAGGACGUCGCCAUCCUGAUCCAGUAGUGGAAACAAGUUCAUUGUCAAGUGUGACGCCUCCUGAUAUUUGGUAUCGUUUGAUGUUCCCCAACGAAGUAAUUGACAACUGUUACUUAUCUGCACUACAACUGGAGGCUGUUGUGUAUGCUUGCCAGCAACAUGAGACAUUCUUGGCAGAUGGGACAAGAGCUGGCUUUCUAAUAGGUGAUGGUGCAGGUGUUGGAAAGGGAAGAACAGUAGCAGGAGUCAUUUAUGAAAACUAUUUGCUCGGAAGGAAGAGGGCCAUUUGGUUAAGUGUAUCAAAUGAUUUGAGAUACGAUGCUGUAAGGGAUCUGAAAGACCUUGGAUGUCACAUCAAUGUACAUCCUCUUAACAAGUUCAAAUAUGAUGCCAAAAUUUCAUCCAAAAGGAAUGGCAGUUUUAAAAAGGGAGUGAUAUUCUCUACAUACUCAUCCCUGAUUGGAGAGAGUCAAGGUUCUGGCAAGUACAAUACAAGGAUGGGCCAGCUACUGCAGUGGUGUGGCUCAGACUUUGAUGGGGUGAUCGUGUUAGAUGAGUGCCACAAGGCCAAAAACUUGGUACCAACUGGCUCCUCAAAGCCAACCAAAACUGGAUUAGCUGUCUUGGGACUGCAGAGCAAACUUCCUAAGGCCAGGGUUAUCUACUGUAGUGCAACAGGUGCCUCUGAACCCAAGAACAUGGCGUACAUGUCUCGGCUCGGAAUAUGGGGACCAGGAACACCUUUCAGAGAAUUUAAUGACUUCAUUCAAGCUGUGGAACGAAGAGGAGUUGGUGCAAUGGAAAUUGUAGCUAUGGAAAUGAAGCUUCGCGGCAUGUACAUGACACGUCAACUUAGCUUUGCAGGAGUAACCUUUGACAUAAAAGAAUUACCACUUGCCAAAGACUUCAUUGAGAUGUAUGAUGCAUCAGUCAAACUUUGGAGGGAAGCAAGAGAGAAGUUUGAAAAAGCUGCAGAUCUCAUGGAAGCUGACAGUAGAGUGAAGAAGACCAUAUGGGGUCAGUUUUGGUCUGCUCAUCAGAGAUUUUUUAAAUACCUGUGCAUUGCAUCCAAAGUGCGGAAUGUUGUUAGCAUUUCCAGGGAUGCCCUCAAUUCUGGAAAGUGUGUCAUUGUAGGUUUGCAGUCAACUGGGGAAGCUAGAACACUAGAGCAACUUGAAGAGUCUGGAGGGGAACUAAAUGACUUUGUUUCUACUGCUAAAGGUGUGUUACAAGCUUUGAUUGAAAAGCAUUUCCCAGCAGCAGACCGAAAAAAAUUUGCUGAUCUGUUUGGUAUUGACAAUGAUGCCAAUGACAAAUUGUAUGACCAGUCUUCAUCCCCAGCAUCUGGUCAACUUACCCCACGAAAGAGGAAACAGAAAGUUUCCAAGCCAGCAAAACCGAAGAAAAUGAAAACUUCUCUUGAGAGGAUUUGGAACUUGAGUAGUGGCUCUGAUAGUGAAUCAGACGAAAGUCAGAAGAGCAAUGGUGAGAAUGAAUUGUUCAACGCUCAUAAAAACAACGGCAAGAACGAUGGUGCAGCAGAGUCUUGCAACAGCUCAGCAGCAGAAGAGGAGGAUGAUUCUAACCCGUUUGGUGUGUCAGGAUCAGAUGAUGAAGACCCAUGGCUGCAUCGAAAGUCUCGGAAGUCUUCGAAAAACAAAUCACAGACAGGUAGUCCUGACUCAAGUUACAAUGCUCUGGCAGCUGCCGGGCUUAAAGUGGGUGGUCUCCCAUGGAGCACACCUGGACAGAGAACAAAACAGCCUAAUGGGCUGGAGAGCCAGCAUUCGUGGAACCCAGCUGGUGGACUGAAGACUUUACAUCAUUCCGCGAGUGCGCCAGCUUUUUCUAGUUUAACUGCAGCAAAUAGCCCAGGACCACUGGCAAACUCUGCUGCAGAUAUGUGCAGAGCAAUGAAAAGGGAGUUACUUGAUAAGCUUGAUGUCCUGUCCAAAUGUCUCCCUCCAAACACUUUAGAUGAACUUAUAGAUGAGCUGGGUGGGCCAGACAAUGUUGCAGAGAUGACGGGAAGAAAAGGUCGUGUUGUGAGUAAUGAAGAUGGGACCGUAAGCUACCAAUCAAGAAGCAAACAAGAUGUGCCUUUAGAGAUUAUUAACGUUGUUGAGAAAAACAGAUUCAUGGAUGGACAGAAGAGCAUCGCAAUUAUCUCAGAAGCUGCCAGCUCAGGCAUUUCUCUACAGGCAGACAGGAGAGCCAAGAAUCAACGAAGACGCGUUCACAUUACUCUUGAACUACCGUGGAGUGCAGACAAAGCAAUUCAGCAGUUCGGUCGAUCUCAUCGGUCCAAUCAAGUGAGCGCCCCAGAGUACCUGUUUUUAAUAUCUGAACUGGCUGGAGAAAGACGUUUUGCUUCCAUUGUAGCCAAGAGGCUAGAGAGUUUGGGAGCUCUUACUCACGGAGAUCGACGAGCUACAGAAUCACAAGAUUUAAGCAGAUACAAUAUUGACAACAAGUAUGGCAGGGCUGCUUUGGAAGCUGUUUUAAAAGCUGUCACUGGUCAGAGUACGCCAACGAUUCCACCACCACAAGACUACAAAGGAGAGUUUUUUCAAGAUGUACGUACAGCUCUGAUCGGUGUGGGCCUUGUGGUCAAAGAUGACAAGAAUAACGUGACCAUUUUGGAUAAAGACUUCACGAACAUCUCACGGUUUUUAAAUCGAAUCCUUGGUGUAGAAGUUGAACUUCAAAACCACCUGUUCGCAUACUUCAUGAAAACACUGUCUGUUGUGGUACAACAAGCCAAGAGAAGUGGACGGUGGGAUGAAGGAAUUCUUGACCUUGGUGCUCAUGGUGAAGCUGUGACUAACUUGAGUGUUCAAACAUUUGCUGGUAAUUCAACUAUGGGCACAGCUACCACAGAAUUACACACAAUAAGCGUAGAGCGGGGAAUGUCGUGGGAAGAAUCAUUUGAAUUACGGCGGUCUCAGUCGCACCCAGAGGAUGGUUAUUACCUUUCCAACCAGGUGCGGAAUCACAAGAAAACUGCUAUCUUGGUCAUGUGUCAGUCUCGAAGCAAAAAGAAGGAUGUGAUCAAUGUGUACAGACCUAAUACUGGCCUGCAAACAAAACAGGACACACUGGAAGACGUCAAGAAAAAGUACAAAAAGGUAUUAGACCAUGAGGCUCAGAGUAGUUGGGUAGAUCAGUACGAAUCAGCCCUCAGUCAGUGCAACCACGCUUACUGGAAGGGUAACUGUAAACGAAUGACUCUUGGUUUGAGCUGUGAGGUGGGCAGGCGACAGCGUACGUUCCACAUCCUGAGCGGCUCGGUGCUAAGCGUUUGGAGUAAAGUGGAAAGUGUCUUAGCUGGUCAGUCUGGUGCAAACUCCAAAAUACAGAUUGUUCGUUGCAGAAAGAGCGAUGGAUCUCGAAUAGUUGGUUGCCUUAUUCCAAGUAACUGUGUUCCUGCAUUAACUAGAGCGCUUACUCCCGAUACUCAGCAAGAACCAAUUUUAAUCAUGUAAAGAAAAACAUGACCUGUUCCCGGCGUUCAGUCAAGAAAACAACGAUGCGCUUGAACCGAUAGAGAGACGCAAAAUGAAGCCAGCAAAAAGAGGAGGGACUGGGUACUAUUUGGCACCGGUUUUCAUUGCGGCGUUGUGUACCAACUGUACGCUUGGAACAGGCGAAGAAAAGCUUCUAUUUUGGCAUACGGAAUCAAAAUUUGUGGUGUAAAAAGUGUACAGAUAAAUAUAAGAUUAAAUACGUUAAAUUAUUUAAGCGGUACUUUGAACCGCACGUGCGUACAAGCGAAAUCGUUAAAAAUCAUGAUAAGCAAACGCCUAUCUGUGGGCUCUUUAGGUAACAGUGUUUGUCAUUUAAAACCUAUGGAGCAGUUUUCAAUGAGUGUCGAACGCAAUUCGAGGCUUCACUAAUUUUACUUUCGCUGCGUAAUUGUUACAUCAAGAAAACUUGCGCUUUUCCCUCGAUCAAUCAGAUGUAAGACUGAAACAUGGCGACUCAGUUCACUCUCGUUUCCGACGCCUCAGCACCGGAAAUGAAUUUCCUUUGAACUCUGAAUUGGUCCCUCGUGGUAUUUACCUUCGUUAUAAUUAAUUUGUUUUGGUUUAACGACACUCAGUCGAAAGGCGCUCUCUGAGAAAAUGAAUUAAUUAGAUAAGACUGUGUUACUUGUUCAACUAGUACACUAAGCUUGCGAAGAAAUCUUCUUGACAGAGGCAAUUUAGGCGUUCCAUAUCCUGUCUCCUUUAUUUGUAAAUUAUUUGGUAGGUUAGUUUCGUCGUGCAAAUCGCACUGAAAGAUUUUUGUUAAAUUUACAUAUCCGCUUUCACGUAAAAGGGCGUUCAUCAAUAUUUGUUGUUUGGUGGACAGAUUUUAGUUUAAUUUUUCGGCCUUGUUUUGCCAGGUACGUAAUGCUGGCCUUUACUGUAGUAAUGGUAAGAGUGACGAAUGCGAGAGAAACCACUCUUCCUCAGAAUUUUGACCAAAGAUACGUAAUCGAAAUUUUCAAUACAUGUCUACACUAAUUCGUACUAUUAGGGUCAGAAUUUUGGGCGUCCUUCCUGUUUCUCCCCUCGUAAUUGUUUUGUUAGCCUGCAGAGCAGGCGUCAUUUUAUGGUUUUCAAGCGAGUGCGAGUCGGGCGCGUGGAAAGCGCAAGGGAUUAGUCACGUGCAAAUGUAGGAGCCUCUUUUCGCGCUCGCCACCCACGCCAUCCGCACGCUCGCGUCGCGCUCGCCUAAGCUCGCUUGAAAGACGGUAAAAAGUAUGCCCCUGUCGGAUGCUAGUAAUUUUGUUUGUCUUUGUUCUGUUGAUUUUUUUCGCACUUAGCUUUUCAAUAGCAUACGAACAGUGGAGUUGAAAGAUUCAUCUUUGAAAAUGUUUUUCGUGAAGACAAUAUCAAGUUCUCUUGUGGUGAUUGGAGGGUCACCAUCUAUUUUGCUCGUCUCUGUUCGUCGAUGCCCCUUACGCUGAAUAUUGGUUGCAACAUGAACUCCAGUGUCCGCAUGUUAUCAAAAAGCGCGGUAACGCACUCUGUCAGUCGAAUUUGCUACCAUUUUUUUGGUUAGUGACGCCAUAAGAUGGCAUAAUUACAACUAGCUCGUUUCUUUAGAAGAGAGCGAGUCAAGGUGAAUAUAUUCUUUACUUAACUGACGUUUAUUUCCUUUUAUUAGAAAAUAAAAUAUUUGAAGUUAGGUAAGUAACACGUGUCGCCGAUUACGGUACUUGAUUAAACACCGA